CGUUCAGUUACUUCCUCAUCUGACGGUUCGUCGCAGUGGGAGCUUUUCUUCUCCGCUUUGAAAACCUUUCACCUGAUUAACUUGUUUUAUAAACACUUUAACCUCAGUUUCUUCCCUUAAAUUUAUACUUUUAUAACUUUAUACCGUAUGGACGCAUUUUAAUCACGGAAAAGAUAAGGUAAGGUCUCCAGUCUACUAUGGAUGAGGAGAGAGAGGAGGGGGGUCCUACCUCUAAGACCACUCUGUCUGGGGAACUAGGCCGCCGGAGCAAAGCUAAGAGGUAAGAAGAGGAUCUCUCUGUCUGUGACUGUUGUCCAUCUCAGAGCUCAGCAGUGAUACAUCAUGACUCCAUCAUUAGUCUGAGUAAAAGCUGUGUGUGUGUUGAAGCCCAGAGCAGCAGCAGAGAGCAGACUCCCCUGGACCCAGUUGUGUCUUUUUGAAGAGUGACCGGUCUAUGGAUCCACCUUUGACCUUUAAAGAUGGAAAUCACCAACCUUCUAAGGAAAGACACCAAGAGAGGUCAAAGGUUACCAGUGCUAAGUCUCUACAGCAGCAUCAAACAGAGCUGAUCAAGAGGGCUGAGGAGAACGCACACGCUUUCCUAGACAAGGAGCUGAAGAAGCUCUGGAGGGUUCUCUUACCAGAUUACCCACAAUGCUCAGAGAGUCAGAGGGAGGAGGAGGAGGUGGAUGGUGAGAAGGAGGAGCAGAGGAGGCGCGCCAUAAAGGGUGUGGUGGAACUGGCCGACAAACUGUGGGCCGGAUCUGAUGCUGUCGAUUGCCAACAAAAAAUCAAGUCCCAUUUGUGGCAGAAGUUCAGUUGUGUGUUUGAGGGAAUCGCUAAAGCAGGACAGCGAACCGAUCUGAAUGACUUCUACACAGAGCUCUUCAUCACAGAGAGAGGCAGUGGAGAGGUCAACAAGGAACAUGAGGUCAGACUGAUUGAAAAAGCUUCAAGGAAACCAGCCAAGGAGGAAACACCAAUCAGAUGUGAGGACAUCUUUAAACCCUUACCUGGAAAAGAUCAACCAAUCAGGACAAUAAUGACAACUGGAGUGGCUGGCAUUGGUAAAACCGUCUUAACACACAAGUUCACUCUGGACUGGGCUGAAGGCAAAACCAACCAGGACAUACACUUCACAUUUAUUCUCACUUUCAGAGAGCUGAAUUUACUGAAAGGGAAAGAGUUUAGCCUGGUGGAACUGCUUCAUCACUUCUUUAUUGAGACCAAAGAAGCAGGAAUCUGCAGAUUCCACCGGUUCCAAGUUGUCUUCAUCUUGGAUGGUCUGGAUGAGUGUCGACUUCCUCUGGACUUCCAGAACAACCCGAUCUGGACUGAUGUCACCAAGUCCACAACGGUGGACGUGCUGCUGACAAACCUCAUCAGGGGUGUCCUGCUUCCCUCCGCUCGCAUCUGGAUAACCACACGCCCUGCGGCAGCCAAUCAGAUCCCUGCUGAGUGUGUUGACACGGUGACAGAGGUGAGAGGGUUCACUGACCAACAGAAGGAGGAGUACUUCAGGAAGAGAUUCAAAGAUGAGAAGCUGGCCAGCACAAUCGUCUCCCAUGUCAAGAAAUCACGAAGCCUCCACAUCAUGUGUCACAUACCAGUCUUUUGUUGGAUCACUGCUACAGUUCUGGAGGACAUCUUAAAAAAAUCCAAGAUAAAAGAGAUGCCCAAGACCAUGACUCAGAUGUACAGCUACUUCCUGUGGGUUCAGUCGAUACAGGGGGACAGGAAGUAUCAUGGGAGAGCUGAAACGGAUCCAUACUGGGGUCCAGAGAGCAGGGAGAUCAUUGUUUCUUUGGGAAAACUGGCUUUUAACCAGCUGGAGAAAGGCAACAUGAUCUUCUACGAGGAAGACCUGGCAGAGUGUGACAUCGAUAUCAGAGCAGCCUCAGUGUACUCAGGAGUGUUCACCCAGAUCUUUAAAGAGGAGUGUGGGCUGUACCAGGACAAAGUGUUCUGCUUUGUCCAUCUAAGCUUCCAGGAGUUUCUGGCUGCCCUUUAUGUCUUUCUGUCCUUCAUCAACGAUGGUGUCAAUCUGCUCUCAGAAGAACCACCCACCUCUGGGGAAGAUAAACUCCUCCUCCUCUACCAGAGUGCUGUGGAAAAGGCCUUACAGAGUGAGAACGGACAGCUGGACUUGUUCCUCCGCUUCCUCCUGGGCCUCUCUCUGGAGACCAAUCAGAUUGUCCUACGAGGUCUGCUGGGACAGACAGGGUGCGGCUCACUGACCAAUACACAAACAGUGUUUUACAUCAAGGAGAAGAUAAAGGGAGAUCUACAUCCAGAGAGAAGCAUCAAUCUGUUCCACUGUCUGAAUGAGCUGAACGACCGUUCUCUAGUGAAGGAGAUCGAACAGUCCCUGACAUCAGGAAGUCUCUCCAGAGAAUCUCUCUCCCCUGCUCAGUGGUCAGCUCUGGCCUUCAUCCUACUGACAUCAGAAGAGGAGCUGGAAGUGUUUGACCUGAAGAAAUACUCUGCUUCAGAAUCUAGGCUGAAUGGUUGUCAUCUGUCAGAGACACGCUGUGAAGCUCUGGCCUCAGUUCUUAGCUCCAACUCCUCUAGUCUGAGAGAGCUGGACCUGAGUACCAAUGAUCUGCAGGAUUCAGGAGUGAAGCUGCUCUCUGCUGGACUGGGGAGUCCACACUGUACACUGGAAACUCUGAGCUUGUCUGGCUGCCUGGUCACACAGGAAGGCUGUGCUUCUCUGGCCUCAGCUCUGAGCUCCAACCCCUCCCAUCUGAGAGAGCUGGACCUGAGCUACAAUCACCCAGGAGACUCUGGAGCUGCGCUGCUCUCUGCUGGACUGGAGGAUCCACGCUGGAGACUGGACACUCUCAGUGUGGAGCAUGGUGGAGUGUGGAGGCUGAAACCAGCUCUAAAGAAGUAUGCCUGUGACCUCACACUGGACCCCAACACGGCCCACAGACGACUCUCUCUGUCUGAGGACAACAGGAAGGUGACGCGGGUUGGAGAGGACCAGUCGUAUCCGGACCACCCAGAGAGAUUUGACUCCCAGCGCCAGGUGUUGGGUAGAGAGGCUCUGACUGGCCGCUGUUACUGGGAGGUAGAGAGGGAAGGAGAUGUUGAGGUAGGAGUGACAUACAGAGGAAUCACAAGGAGAGGAGGGGGUGGUGACAGCUGGCUUGGAAUGAACAACAAGUCCUGGAGUCUUGAUUGUUCUGAUGGUGGUUACUCUGCCCGGUACAACGGUAGGAGGACAGCCCUCCCUCUCCCCCCCGCUGGCUCCACCCGAGUAGGAGUGUAUCUGGACCGGCCUGCUGGCUCUCUGUCCUUCUACAGAGUGUCCCCAGGUGGAGGAGGGUCCUCAGACACACUGACACACCUCCACACCUUCUGCUCCUCCUUCACGCAGGAG